UAUAAGCGACAACAUUACAAAAAAAAUGUUUUUGUGUUUAUUAUUGCAUUUCUUAGAGGAAUUUCCGUGUUAUUAAGAAUAAAUAACGUAUGUGCACAGAUUUUUAAGAGCAACAAGUGAUAAUAAGUAUCUUACAUAAGUGUGCGAGAAUGGCGUCUCCAAGCGAUUGGCAGCUGGGCUGCACAGAGAUGAAACAGCGCGGAGGGCAUCUGCUUCUUUCGGGGCAGUGGUCGGACUGCUCGUUCCUGGUGGGCACGGAGCCCCAUCAAAUGGUAGUUAACGGCCACAAGCUUAUCCUGGCCAUGGCGUCUCCGGUUUUUGAGGCCAUGUUUUACGGCGGGAUGGCCGAGAGGAACGAUCUUAUUCCCAUCUUGGAUGUCCAGCCUGACGCCUUCAAAGCCUUGCUAGAAUACAUCUACACAGACAACAUAAACAUAAGUUCAUUUGAUAAGGCAUGUGAGUUGUGCUAUGGAGCCAAGAAGUACAUGCUGCCACAUUUAGUGAAGGAGUGCACGAGAUACCUCUGGUCAGACCUCUACCCUCGGAAUGCCUGCCGUGCAUACGAAUUUGCGAGGCUGUUUGAAGAGACUGUGCUUAUGGAUAAAUGUAUUCAGAUAAUCAGCACAAACACUAAAGAAGUAUUAACGGACAGCAGUUUUGAGGAUGUAGACCUGAACACAGUGAUUACGGUGUUCUCCCUAGACCACUUGAAUGUGGACAGUGAACUGGAUCUGUUUGAGGCUGCAGUGCGAUACGCCAAGGGUCAGGACAAGAGGAAUGCGGAGAGAAGUGCCAGCCCUGUGAUGGAGAGGCCCAGUCCUGGACCGUCUACUUCGAAAGACAAGGUAGUAAACAUAGAGAGUAGUGCGGAGAACAGCCCGGUGGCCGUCACGGAGGCCUGCAAGUCGGGGGAGGGCGAACAGCCCGCCACGGAGCCCGCCGUUGUCAAGAAUGAGAAGCCAGAUGGAAAGGCCAAGAUAAGACCAGCUAUAGAGAAGAUCCGCUUCCUCACUCUCACACCGCAGCAGUUCGCUGAGGGUCCAGCUCGCUCCACGCUGCUGACAGAGUCUGAAUCAUUUGCAGUACUGAUGAACAUUCUCUCGAGCAACUCCGAUGUGCCUAUGCCUACUGGAUUCUCGACUUGUAGGGUGCCCAGGAAGCAACUUAUUGGUGGACCUUCAAGUAUGCCGACGUUCACGGUGGACACGCCCAGCCCGGUGAUGUUAGACAUGUCCUCGCUGGACCGGCCCGCGAACCCAGAACCCUGCAUGCAGUACCCGCGCCCCGCGAGGUUCGAAGGAGCGGGCUCGUCGGGCAUCCACAACGUGGUGUCGUCGAGCCGUCUGGCGCCGUCGCUGGUGUUCCCCAGCGCGCUGGCGGGCGAGGGCUGCCGCGCCGGCGAGGCCGCGCGGCUGUACUGCCGCCGCGGCGUGGUGCAGCAGACCGACUGCCUCAACACCAGCGUGCUCGACUGCUCCGUCACCUUCAUGGUCGACAAGAACAUAUGUCUGCUCGGCGUGCAGGUGCCGACGCAGGCGCCGUCGGAGGGCUCUGCGGCGGCGCCGGGCCGCGCCGGCGAGGGCUACUCCGAGCUGCUGUACGCGCACCUGCUGGACGCCGACGGCGCCCGCCUCACCUACACGCACUACACCAACCGCGUGCCCUACCGCCACCUGCUCGACAUCAUGUUCAACCGGCCCGUCUACAUACAGCGGAACAAGGUAUACAAAGUGGGGAUAGUGUUCAACAAGGUAGGUUGGUACCCGCUGGGCACGUGCGCCCAGCAGGUGUCCGCUGAGUCCGUGUUCUUCAACUUCGGGAUCGGGCAGAGCUCCGACUCGGUGCGCGACGGGCUCAUACGGUCGAUAAUAUUCACCUACUAGUGGGAGGACUAUCUGAUCGUGGAGCGAUACGCUUUAUAGCAUCAUGGUGGGUGCAGCUCUAGCCGUUGGGUUGACGAUGGUUAGGUUAUUUGGCUCGUGUGGUUUGGAUAGUGGAAGAAGCUGUAGGAACUACGCAAAACAAGUCGCAGACAACCUACCUCCGUAGAGAAUUAGCUGUCACUGGGGACGU